AUAGUUACACACUCUGCCCAGUUCGAUCGGCAACGGGAGCGGAAGGAGGACAGCAGAGAGCCCCAAGGCAGUAGCCCCCACCACCGCCGGCCCAGGUUACCAUCUAGCACCGGGAAACAUAGCAGAGAGCCACCGCCGGCAGAAGCCAUUACCAACCUGUAGUGACCAUGAGCAGCGAGGCCGAGACACAACAACCGCCGCAGCCUGCUGCCGACGAGGAGAGCCCGGAGAGCCCAUCCAGCCCGGCAGCAGCAGCUUCCGCGGGGGAUAAGAAGGUCAUCGCAACAAAAGUCUUGGGUACAGUCAAGUGGUUCAAUGUCAGGAAUGGAUAUGGUUUCAUCAAUAGGAAUGAUACAAAAGAGGACGUUUUUGUACACCAGACAGCCAUCAAAAAGAACAACCCACGGAAAUACCUUCGCAGUGUUGGAGAUGGAGAAACUGUGGAGUUUGAUGUAGUUGAGGGAGAGAAGGGAGCAGAAGCAGCAAAUGUCACCGGCCCAGGAGGCGUUGCAGUCCAGGGGAGCAAGUAUGCCGCUGACAGGAACCGCUACAGGCGCUAUCCCCGAAGGAGGGGCCCUCCCCGUAAUGGAGAAUAUCCAGAGAACUACCAGAGUGACGGAGAGGGUGAGCCUCCCAGCGGAGGUCGUGACAAAGGCAGCAGAGAAGGGGGAGAGAGUGCCCCUGAAGGAGACUCGCAGCCGCCGCAACGCAGACCCGCUUACCCUGGCAGACGGCGCUACCCACCAUACUUUGGAGGUGAGGGUGAUGAGAACCAGGGCGGGCCAGACCAGGGCAACAAACCAGCGAGGCAGAACUACUACAGAGGCUUCAGACCAAGGUUCACACCAAGGGGUCCACCCCGUCCCAGACCGGUGCGGGACGGCGAGGAGGACAAGGAGAAUCGGGGAGAAGAAGGUGGUCAAGACCAACAGCCCCGUCAGCGUCGCUACCGCCGCAACUUCAACUACCGCCGCAGACGCCAACAGACUGAUGGCAAACCCGGCCCGGAGACCAAGGAGGCCAAGACAGGAGGUGACCCACCUGCAGAGAAAACGUCCGCUCCCGAGGCCCAGCAGGGUGGGGCUGAGUAGAGAGCAAACUGCCCACCGGCACCUACCAUCUUUUACCAUCGUCCGGUUUUUUUGUCAACAAGAAACAUCAAAAAAGAUCUGAGCAAUAAAGAUUUGACUUGACGAACGUCACAAGCUUGCACCACGCAUUUGACCAGAUUACCACCGAUUGCCUGCAGAAUCUAUGCAGACUUGUUUUUUUUCCAUUAUUUUUAUGUGACAGCUACAAAAAGUUUUGGGGAAACAGCAAAUGUUUUUCUAAAUCUGUCCUAAGUUUUUACACCAAAUGGUUUUUAAAGAAAAAAAUGGAAUUUGAUAUCUGGUCAGUUUGACAUUUUUAAAUAACUUUUUAUGUAUUCAAACAUUUUAACAAAAUGCAAGCUCAAAUAAAAGUCCAGAAACCAGGAAAA